UGAGCAUCCAUAGGGAUGAAAAAAUCGGGGGUGAUAAAACCAAGGUGGUGCCAAAUGGGUCUAGAGAAAUCACAAUCCCGAACACAGUGGAGAAAAGUUUCUUCAUGAGUACCACAUCGAGGACAAGUAGAGGAUGAGUUCAUCUUACGAUGGUGGAUUAACGAGAGGGUGGGGACCGAGUUGUGGCAGGCUAGCCAAUAAAGGAAUUUGAUCUUCUCGGGUAAGUGAAGCUUCCAAAUCCAAGAAAAAGGGAGGGAGGAGGUGUUAGCUGAAUCUUUUUGGGACAGGAGCCAACUAUAACCGCUUUUGGCUGUAUAAGAUCCAUUCUUGUUAUUGGACCAAAUAAAAGCAUCUUCAAUAGAGUCAUUGAAUCUGAUCUGUAAAUUGUUGAUGAGAUCGAAGGCUGGCGGAGGAAAUAAUGCCUCUAGUCUAGUGUGAAGACGUAGGGAGAUAAUAAAUAAAUAAAUAUUGUAAAUAAUAACCAACCAGAUCGAGAGAAGAAGCAAGUGAUGUAUUAUUGUUCCUCCCAUUGCCACUGAAUUCAGUUGACAACAACUCUCCCUCUCCGGUCACUAGCCACCACCGCCGGCUGUGUUGUUACCGUUGACUUUAGAGUUCCGAUCAAAAUUUGAUAAACAGCAAUGGCGGGUCGAAGAGAUGCGUUACUUACCAGAGAUAAGAAUCAUCCAAUAACCGCAUCUCGAAUCGCCGUUGCCAUUUUCAUCGGUGUUAUUCUUGGUUGCAUCUUCGCUUUCUUCUCACCACAAGGUUUCUUCAGUUACUCCUCAACUCCUUCUAUUCUCAAUCACAAGAUGGUUUCGUCUGACUGUGAAUCGCCGGAACAAGUUAGUUUGUUGAAACUGAAUAUUCAAUCAGCUAAAGAGAAGAAUUCUGAGCUGAAGAAGGAGGUGAAAGGGUUAAUGGAAAGGCUACGUUUGGCGGAGGAAGGAAAAGGUCAUGCAAGGGAACAAUAUGUUGUGCUCGGUGAGAAACACAAGGCCGGUCCUUUUGGUACUGUCAAGGCUCUCAGAACAAACCCUCCUGUAAUUCCUGAUGAGUCAGUGAACCCUAGAUUGGCAAAACUCUUGGAGGAAGUUGCUAUUUAUAAAGAGGUUAUUGUUGUUUUGGCUAACACUAAUGUGUUGGAGAUGUUGCAAGUAUGGUUCACCAAUAUCAAAAAAGUUGGCAUUCCUAAUUAUUUGGUUGUUGCAUUGGAUGACAAAAUUGAAGAGUUUUGUAAGUCGAAUGAUGUUCCUGUCUAUAGAAGAGACCCAGAUCAAGGCGUUGAUUCAAUUGCCAAGUCAGGUGGGAAUCAUGCUGUCUCCGGAUUGAAAUUUCGCAUUUUGAGAGAGUUUCUGCAAUUGGGUUACAGUGUUCUCCUCUCAGAUGUCGAUAUUGUGUAUUUGCAGAAUCCCUUUGAUUAUAUUUACAGGGAUUCAGAUGUGGAGUCAAUGACGGAUGGUCAUAAUAAUCAUACAGCUUAUGGUUAUAACGAUGUCUUUGAUGAACCUUCAAUGGGUUGGGCUAGAUAUGCUCAUACCAUGCGAAUAUGGGUUUAUAACUCUGGCUUUUUUUACAUAAGACCUACACUUCCUUCAAUCGAGCUUUUGGAUCGAGUUGCCCAUCGGCUUUCUACCGAGAAAGCAUGGGAUCAGGCAGUUUUUAAUGAAGAGCUGUUUUACCCUUCACAUCCCGGUUACGAUGGACUUCAUGCUGCCAAGAGAACAAUGGAUAUGUACCUUUUUAUGAAUAGUAAGAUUCUGUUUAAGACUGUUAGAAAAGAUGCUAAGCUCAAGAAGUUGAAGCCUGUGAUUGUACAUGUUAAUUAUCAUCCUGAUAAACUUGCAAGGAUGAAAGCUGUAGUUGAAUUCUAUGUCAACGGGAAACAAGAUGCGCUGGAUAGUUUCCCAGAUGGUUCUGAUUAGUAGGAUAUCAAAAUCGAUAUGGUUCUAACACGAAAAGGAUUUGUAUGCUCCAAUUGUUGUGAUAGAAUGUAAGUCUCUUUAAUUUAUCUCUCAGGUUCAGUUUUAUCUCUUUGCACUUUCUGUUUUCAGUCUGUCAUAUUUGAUGAUUAGACUAGUUUCUGUAAUAUAUACUCUUAACUUUGUAUAUGUCUUCUUGUGUGUAUGAAGUUGAAAUUCAAUGUCUCUGCAACAAAAUUGACUA